AUGUGCGCUGCAGGCUCAGACUCCGCCCGCUCGGAGACGAGAGAAAACCGUGCAGAGGCUAUGCUCGCGGGGGGCAGACCGAGCGUCAGCACGAGAAUCAACGGCAGACGACGACAGCCGCGAGAGACGCGCCCUCCGCGGCAACCAGAGACCGAGGUGCAGACGGGCUGCACCGCGCUGCGCGGAGGCGGACGAGAUGCGCUGUCCGGAAUUCGCAGAAAGAAGCAGGGGCCGACGCGAGAAAAAAACAGGCGCAGCGACGCACUGGACACGCGACCACUCCACGGGCGUGCGUACGACUGUGAGGAAUGGCGAGACCCCGCUUGA